UACAUCUAACAUAGACUCACAUAACACAGAUCAUUUUGAUAGAAAGAAAACACAACUACACAAGUAACACAAGUAACACAAGCAAAAGCAAAAAUGGCAAACUUCUUGUUAUUACUGUCAUAUUUUCUCAUCAUCUCCUUCUUCUUUACCUUAGCAAAUUCCACAACAAAUUCAUCAUCUUGUCCAAUAGACUUCACCUAUGUUAAAACAUUCCCAUGGGAGACUCAAGAAUGCGGCGAAAACGGAGAAGAAAGAACUUGUUGUCAAACACUUAGAAGUUUACUAGGCAUGGGACUUGCUAAAUACCUUAAAUCCUCCUCAAAUUUCUAUCUACCAACCCCUGAAUUAGCCUCCUCUUGCCUCUCCCUCUACAAAAUUGAGCUCGCCUCGCAUUCAAUGCUCAACCUUUCAUUAGUCUCUUCUUGUUUAAGCAACUCAAAUGAACUACUGCUAAACCAUCCAACAGAUUGUGGUGGGAUAAGAACCAUCAACGAUUGGGGCGAAAACGCGGGCCUUACUACUGAGUUAAACUCUUCUUGCCAAGGUGACAUGAGGAGGUUAACACAAUGUAGCUCUUGCCUUGAUGCUGGUAUGAAAGUUAAUUCUCAAUUGGUAAGUUUAGCACCAAAUUCAACUAAAUGUUUUUUCUUUACUAUCUUUUAUGCUGCUGGGAUUGUUAAUCAGUUUGGCCCAGAGGAUCCUAGAUCAGCUGCUUGUAUUUUAGGCCUUCCCCUGGUUUCAGAUCAUUAUGGUUAUGAUCAAUCUUCAGGGAAAUUAACUAAAAACACUUUGUUUAAGUUGGUUUUUGGAGUUUUUGGGGCUAUAAUUGGUGUUACAAUUGUCAUAGGAUUGAUAUAUAUAUGUAGAGUUUGGGAUCAAAGGAGAAAAGAUAGGGAAGUCCAUAAUACAUUUGUAAGUACUAUUAGAGGCCAAGUAACACCUAAUGUAGGUACAAUAUGGUAUGGUGUGGAAGAGUUAGAACGCGCAUCAGAUGGAUUUUCGCGUAAAAACUUCAUUGGUCAAGGUGGCCAUGGGAUUGUCUAUCAAGGGAUCUUUGGAAAUGGGACUAAAAUCGCGAUAAAACAAAUCACAGAGGAAUUGGAUUCUAUGAGGGAUGAAGAGUUUUGCAAUGAGGUUGAGAUUAUAAGCAAAAUUAGGCAUAGAAAUCUUCUUCCUCUUAGAGGAUGUUGUGUAGCAAGUGAUAAUAUAAAGGGUAAAAUGAGGUAUCUUGUGUAUGACUACAUGCCAAAUGGUAGUCUUAGUGAUCACUUAUUUGAUCAUCAAAAGAAGCUAAGUUGGCCACAAAGGAAGAACAUAAUCCUUGAUGUUGCAAAAGGACUUGCAUACUUGCACCAUGGUGUUAAGCCGGCUAUUUACCACCGCGAUAUUAAGACUACCAACAUACUUUUGGACUCGGAGAUGAGGGCUAGGGUGGCGGAUUUUGGGAUGGCUAAGCAAAAUGUCGAAGGACAAUCACAUCUUACUACUAGAGUUGCAGGCACAUAUGGGUACUUAGCUCCUGAGUAUGCUUUGUAUGGGCAGCUGACAGAGAAAAGUGAUGUUUAUAGUUUCGGAAUUGUGAUUUUAGAGACUCUUAGUGGAAGAAAAGUUUUGGAUACAACAAACUCAUCAACUCCAUUAAUCACUGAUUUGGUAUGGAACUUGAUUAGAUCAAGAAAUGUUGAGAUGAUUUUCGACGAAUCGAUAAGGAAUGAAGGUCCAAAGGGCAUCAUGGAAAGGUUUGUACAUGUUGGUGUUCUUUGUGCUCAUGUUAUGGUGGCUUUUAGGCCUACUAUAGCUCAAGCCUUGAAGAUGUUGGAAGGGGAUAUUGACAUACCAAAGCUACCAGCUAGGCCAUUGCCUCUUGCACAUGAGUCUUUUAGGACAUCUUUGUGGAGUGGCUCAAGUAGUGAAACAUCAUCAAAAGUUAGCAACAGAACUAUGAACACAAGAAUACAAGAGUUUGAUAUGCCAAUUCCUGAUCAAUUAUACUUAAAUCAUGUAGAUGCCACACAUGUAAUUACAAUAGAGAACUUGAAAUAGUCAUGUAACAUUAGUUGUUUUUUUUGGAAAGAUACAAACUAGUAUAGCACAAUGGGGUGAAUUAAUCAAUAGGUCACUCACAGGGAUUAUGACCGGCCUCAUAAUAUAUAUUUAUUAUUUUUCUUUUGUAUA